UAUAUCAUUUUGUCGCUUACACCAAUUGACACAUAUCGUGACUUGUUAGGGAGGAGAAAAAAAAUCUAUUCAUCUACAAAACUCAAAAUUCUCAGAUCCAAAUCUUAACCACAAUGUCGAACUUUGCCGGAGAUGAAACUGCUCCUUUCUUCGGCUUCCUUGGUGCCGCCGCUGCCCUCGUCUUCUCAUGUAUGGGGGCAGCUUAUGGAACAGCAAAGAGUGGUGUUGGAGUAGCGUCAAUGGGAGUGAUGAGACCGGAGUUGGUGAUGAAAUCAAUUGUUCCUGUGGUUAUGGCUGGUGUGUUAGGUAUUUAUGGCUUGAUUAUUGCUGUGAUCAUCAGUACUGGGAUUAACCCCAAAACAAAGUCAUAUUACCUAUUUGAUGGCUAUGCUCAUCUCUCAUCUGGACUUGCUUGUGGUCUUGCUGGUCUUUCUGCUGGAAUGGCUAUUGGUAUUGUUGGAGAUGCUGGUGUUAGUGAUGCUUUAUGCAAGUAUCCACAUGUUUUUUACACAACCCUGAAAUCACCAAGGGCCAGGUGGCACAUGGAUUGAAGAUCGACAUCAAAGAAGCUAUCAACUAGGUGAUUAAUGAUGAUACAAUACAAGAAUAAGAUCUUGCUACGAACAUUUUAAGAGCAAAGAGGCACUCUUUGCCUUAGGAUUCAUGACAUAGCAGUCUUCUGUAACUUUCUCUGAGAAAUGCUCAGUGAGGUGAAAGUAAAGGGAAGUGUGUCGAAUAUUCAUAAAGUUGUACUUUCUACAUAAUGAUCAGCAUUGCAGACACGAAUAUUAUGCUUCAAUGAGUCUGUAAAGAUGUAUGACUUUGUGAAAUUGAAUCACAAGUUUUUAAGCCAUUAUAGUGUUUGGAUUUAAA